CUGUUCGCGUGUUGCGUGCGGAAAGAAGCUCAUUACAAUUUAUCGAAAACAAAAUAAAGUGUUUUUAGUCUUAAAUAUUGCAAAUACAUAAAAAUUACAAAUUAAAUGCGAAACCAGCAUAUAAAUUUGGCUGCAUCAGAAUUCCUGGGAAGUAAAAUUGUGUAAAUUUUCGUAACGAAAAGUGUCUUAACAUGGCCCGACCGUGUAGACAAAUCUUGCUCCACUUUAUGACAACAACUCGUUGCUCCUGCAUAACUCUAAUACUUUUGCUAGCAUUAAGUUGCUUGCAAAUUGCAGCUUCCCAGAAGACAAAUGUCGGUCUCAUCUAUGAAAGCGACAACCCCGAUAUGGAGAAAAUAUUUCAAAUAGCUAUUGACAAAGCGAAUGAAGAGAGCGGUGGUACGCUCGAACUGCACGGCAUCGCUGUGGCCAUUGAACCUGGCAAUGCCUUCGAAACAUCAAAGAAGCUCUGCAAAAUGUUGCGGCAAAAUCUAGUGGCCGUAUUUGGGCCCACCACAGAUCUGGCCGCAAAGCACGCGAUGAGCAUUUGCGAUGCCAAAGAACUGCCAUUCAUCGAUACACGCUGGGAUUUUGCUGUGCAAAUGCCAACUGUUAAUUUGUAUCCGCACGCUUCACAGCUGGCGGUGGCGCUGAAAGACUUGGUGGUGGCGCUGGAAUGGACCGAUACCUUUACAAUCAUCUAUGAAACGGGUGAAUUUCUGCCGACGGUAAACCAAUUAUUGGAAAUGUACGGCACUAUGGGACCUACAAUUACUGUGCGCCGCUAUGAGCUUGACUUGAAUGGUGAUUACCGCAAUGUGCUGCGGCGCAUUAAAAAUUCUGGUGAUUACUCCUUUGUCGUGGUGGGCUCGAUGGCUACGUUGCCGGAAUUCUUUAAGCAGGCGCAACAAGUUGGUCUCAUGACUGAUGACUAUCGUUACAUCGUCGGCAAUUUGGACUUCCAAACCAUGGACUUGGAGCCCUUCCAACAUGGUGACACCAACAUAACUGGCAUACGCUUGGUCUCGCCGGAUGAGAAGCUCGUGCAGGAUCUUGCAAAAACCUUAUACGAAACGGAAGAGCCUUUUCAAAACGUGUCGUGUCCUUUGACCACCAGCAUGGCACUGGUGUAUGACGGUGUUCAGUUGCUGGCUGAGACAUUCAAACAUGUUAUGUUCCGUGCGGUGCCAUUAAAUUGUAACGACGCCAGCUCAUGGGAUAAGGGAUACACGCUCGUCAACUACAUGAAAUCGCUGAGCUUAACUGGACUCACGGGUGAAGUAAAAUUCGACUACGAAGGUUUGCGCACCGACUUCGCACUGGACGUUAUUGAGCUGACCAUGUCGGGUAUGCAGAAAAUAGGCGAAUGGAAGACGGAGGACGGGUUCUUCGCUAAUCGACCGCCGCCAAAGAUAGUGGAGGUAGAUCAGCGUUCGCUGGUGAAUAAGAGCUUCGUGGUUAUCACAGCCAUAAGCGAACCGUACGGCAUGCUGAAGGAGACGCCUGCUAAAUUGGAGGGCAAUGAUCAAUUCGAAGGCUUUGGCAUUGAGUUAAUCGAGGAGCUGGGCAAGAAAUUGGGUUUCACCUAUACUUUCCGUCUGCAAGUGGACAACAAAUACGGCUCGUUCAAUCCGAAAACAGGCAAAUAUGAUGGCAUGAUGCUGGAAAUAAUCGAAGGACGAGCUGACAUGGGCAUCACGGACUUAACCAUGACAUCCAUACGUGAGGAAGGCGUAGAUUUCACUAUACCGUUUAUGAACUUAGGUAUCGCCAUUUUAUUUCGUAAGCCGAUGAAGGAGCCACCCAAACUCUUCUCAUUCAUGUCACCAUUCUCGGGCACUGUUUGGAUGUGGCUGGGCAUUGCCUACAUGAGUGUCUCACUCACGCUCUUCAUUUUGGGACGCAUCUCACCGACCGAAUGGGAUAACCCGUAUCCUUGCAUUGAAGAGCCCACAGAAUUGGAGAACCAAUUUAGUUUCCCUAAUUGCUUGUGGUUCUCCAUCGGUGCACUGUUGCAACAGGGCUCUGAAUUAGCGCCAAAAGCAUACUCAACGCGCACUGUGGCCUCAAUUUGGUGGUUUUUCACGUUGAUUUUGGUCUCUUCGUACACCGCAAAUUUGGCUGCUUUCCUGACGAUAGAAUCGCUUAGCAGCCCCAUAGAGAAUGCAGAGGACUUGGCCAACAACAAGGGUGGCGUUAAAUAUGGCGCCAAAGUGGGUGGCAGCACAUUCACGUUCUUUCAGGAUGCUAAGUAUCCAACGUAUCAGAAAAUGUAUGAAUUUAUGCGCGACCACCCGGAGUAUAUGACCUCAACCAAUGCGGAAGGCGUGGAUCGUGUGGAAAAUGAGAAUUACGCAUUUCUAAUGGAGUCAACCACCAUUGAAUAUAUCACCGAGCGUCGCUGCAGUUUGACACAAGUCGGUUCACUGCUCGAUGAGAAGGGUUAUGGCAUUGCAAUGCGAAAGAAUUGGCCCUACCGUGAUACGCUCAGUCAGGCUGUGCUGGAACUGCAGGAGCAAGGCGUCCUUACCAAAAUGAAAACGAAAUGGUGGAAAGAGAAACGUGGUGGCGGUGCAUGUUCGCAAGAGGGCGAGAACGACGGCGCCGAGGAGUUGGGUAUCGCCAAUUUGGGUGGCGUGUUUUUUGUUUUAUGUGUUGGCAGUGUGUUCGCCAGCGUCUGGGGCCUGUUGGAGUGGCUACGUUAUGUUUAUGGGACAGCGCGUCGCAACAAGGUGUCCUUCAAGACCGAACUCAUAGAGGAGUUCCGCUUCGUUAUGCAAUGCUCCGGUAACACAAGACCUGUAAAAUAUCCAAAGAAUUCGAGUCGCAGCCGCAGCCGCAGUUCUCGUUCCCGUUCACAUUCUCGUUCCAGUUCGAAGAGUUCUAUAUUGUCCGUAGAUUCUUUGCCGAUGGAUGAGAGUAAAUUACAUCACAUUAGCGAGCACACCAAGCACGUCAAGUAAGUGCACGGUACACGGAAGGAGACUAAAGUGAAAGUUUUAGCGUCGUGUCUUUAAAUGACUUGUUGGAUUUUUAUUCUUAUUCGUAUUUUACUGUUAAGUAUGCUGUUUAUUGUAUUCGUUGCGCGGCAUUUACUUUAAGCUGCUGUGCCAUAAUAUCACAUUCAAGAAGGGAGUCUGUUGCCGUUAUUAAUUUGUAUGUUUUUUUGGAGAAUAAAUUAAAGCGAUGGUUGAGCAAAAACUCAGUUAAAAAUUCAAA